AAGCUGACGUUUGCCGUUUCGCAACAUGAAUGAGUCUGGAUUCAGAGUCUGCGUCAAGGAACUGUACGAGACCAGAUAUGAUCCUGUGUCAGUGAAUUAUGCAGUCCUAUCAGACAUCUGCAAACCCGGAUGGAGCUACUUCAAUGGUUUCUGUUAUUUUACAAGUGAUACCUGUGCAGAUUGGACCACAGCAGUAACAAAAUGUAGACAAGAGAACUCAGUCCUUGUUGAUGUCAUCAAUAAUGAAGAAAAUGUUUACAUUCAGCAUCGCCAUAAUGGAGAUAAAUCCUGGUUGGGUUUUAAUGACAGAUCAUUUGAGGGUGACUUUACUUGGGUUGACCAUGGACUUGGAAACUUUACAGCCUGGGCCAAGAAUCAGCCAAAUAAUUUCAAAGAAGAAGAUUGUGUGCACGCACUUGGGAUGAAAUACAGCUAUGAAUGGAACGACGUGCAGUGUAGGGAUUGUCAUAAGUUUACUUGUAAGAAAGACUUAGAUGAAUGCCAACAUGAUCUGAAUUAUUGUCACAAGCUGGCCACGUGUACAAAUGAACGUGGCUCGUACAAGUGCAAGUGUAAAGCUGGAUACCCUGGAGAUGGAUUUGAUUGUUAUUAUAGCUAUGCAGGCCUGGGUUAUUCGGCAAUAUUGGCAAACGAUGACAAUUACCUUGGAUCCCUGAGCAGUUGGUUAAGCCCUGUGGUGCAGAGCCAGUCCUCAUACUGGAAGCGCUGCUGGAGAGCAUCAGUGGAUGGUUGGGCUGCCUCUACCUUCCACUCAUUGUGUGACAGCAAAGGGCCAACAGUGACCAUUGUCCGUGUGGGAAAAUACAUAUUUGGUGGAUAGAACAGCUUAUCAUGGACUUCUAGUUGUGGAUACCAGUACACUUCGAGCAGCUUUUUGUUCUCAUUGGUUAACAAGCCAGGCAAGGGACCA